UUGACCGUGAAAGAGCCAGCGUGCAAAAUGUUGAAAGGGCGUAUCGCGCUAAAUAUUCUUCAGUCGCAGAAAGCCACCGUCUUUUCUGCAAGUCAACAGCGAUGGCAGACAAAUGUGGCAACAGCUGAGAUCAGAAACGAUCCGGAAUGGCUCCAGGCCAAACCGUUCGAAGAGAUUCCGAAAGCAAAUAUGUUGUCCCUCUUCGCGAAAACCGCACUGCCCGGUGGGAAAUACAAGAACAUGGAGCUGACGGAAAUGUUUGACGCCAUGCGUCAGGAGUACGGAAACAUAUUCUAUUUGUCCGGAAUGAUGGGAAGUAAUGCCUUUGUAAUGACCCAUAGUCCAAAGGACUUUGAGGUAGUUUUCCGCAAUGAAGGUGUGUGGCCAACCAGACCGGGCAGUGAUAUACUGCGCUAUCAUCGAACGGUUUACAGAAAAGAGUUUUUCGAGGGAGUUCAGGGAAUCAUCCCCUCGCAGGGAAAGUCCUGGGGAGACUUUCGGUCCAUUGUGAAUCCCGUUUUAAUGCAGCCCAAAAAUGUGAGGUUGUACUUUAAAAAGAUGGCGCAGGUUAACCAGGAGUUUGUGGAACGUAUUAAAGAAAUAAGAGAUGCCACCACUCAGGAGGUUCCUGGAAAUUUCUUGGAAACCAUUAACCGAUGGACUCUAGAAUCCGUAUCUGUGGUGGCCCUGGAUAAACAGCUUGGCCUGCUUAAGGAAUCGGGGAAGAACAGUGAAGCAACCAAGCUCUUCAAACACCUAGAUGACUUCUUCUUGUACUCGGCCGAUCUGGAGAUGAAGCCCUCUCUCUGGAGAUAUUUCAAAACACCACAGCUAAAGAAAAUGCUUAAAACUAUGGAUAGUCUUCAGGAAAUUACUCUAUCCUAUGUGGACGAGGCGAUCGAACGUUUGGAGAAGGAGGCCAAAGACGGUGUAAUUCGUCCGGAAAAUGAACAGAGUGUCCUCGAGAAACUACUGAAAGUUGACAAGAAAGUGGCCACCGUUAUGGCCAUGGAUAUGCUCAUGGCGGGAGUGGAUACCACUUCGAGCACCUUCACGGGGCUUUUGCUGUGCCUCGCCAAGAACCCCGAGAAGCAGGCCAAGCUCAGGGAGGAGGUGAUGAAGGUGCUGCCCAACAAGGAUUCCGAGUUCACUGAAGCAUCGAUGAAGAACGUUCCCUAUCUGCGUGCCUGUAUUAAGGAAUCCCAGCGGGUCUACCCUCUUACAGUUGGAAAUGCCCGCGGCCUGACUAGGGAUUCUGUAAUCAGCGGCUAUCGCGUACCAGCUGGUACCUUUGUGUCCAUGAUUCCCAUAAAUUGCCUCUACAACGAGGAGUACUUCCCAAAACCUACGGAGUUCCUGCCGGAAAGAUGGAUGCGAAACGUCAGCGACUCAGCCGGAAAUUGCCCGGCAAACGACCUGAAGACCAAAAAUCCAUUCGUAUUCCUGCCCUUCGGAUUUGGACCCCGGAUGUGCGUGGGCAAACGCAUCGUGGACAUGGAGCUGGAAUUGGGUACCGCUCGUCUGAUUCGCAACUUUAACGUGGAAUUUAACCAUUCCACAAAGAAUGCUUUCCGCUCCGCUCUGAUCAACCUGCCCAAUAUACCACUCAAGUUUAAGUUUACAGAUUUGCCCAACUAAUAAGUUUUAUAUUGGGGCACGACUCAAAUAUUUUCGGUUGUGAUAGUACAAGUAUUGAUAACAGAGUGCUUUUUCUAUAUAUUUUAUGUAUUGAAAAGUAAUUAAGUUCUUUUGUUUGAGAAUACUACAAAAUAAA